GAGAAGAAUUUUAUGAAGCUUCCCCGUACGAGCCAGUCACCUCUCGUCUCUCUGAUAUAUUCAGACUGGCUUCAAUUUUCUCAGGAAUGGACCCUGCCACCACCUCCAAAAGCAACCACUGCCUGGAUGCAGCCAAGGCCUGCAACCUCAACGACAACUGCAAGCGCCUGCGCUCGGGCUACAUCUCCACGUGCAGCCGCGAGAUCUCGGCCACGGAGCACUGCAGCCGCCGCAAGUGCCACAAGGCUCUGCGCCAGUUCUUCGACCGCGUGCCCAGCGAGUACACCUACCGCCUGCUCUUCUGCUCCUGCAGGGACCAGGCCUGCGCCGAGCGCCGCCGCCAGACCAUCGUCCCCUCCUGCUCCUACGAGGACAAGGAGAAGCCCAACUGCCUGGACCUGCGCAACACCUGCCGCACGGAUCACCUCUGCAGGUAA